UUGCGAUCAACCUGGAGAACAAAGUGUCGUCCAUAAACGAGGCUCUGCAGAUGAAGUCUUUGACCUUCGUCAUCGACGCCUGUAAAGUCCUCGCUCAGGCUCGGAAGGUGCUGGCCUACUCCUGCGUCUACAGCUACUACAACCAGGAGACGGAGAAGAUGGAUGUGAUGGAGCAGCAGACGGAGGCUCUGGACCUGCACACCAACGCCCUGCAGAUCCUGCUGGAGGAAACUUUGCUGCAGUGCACUGACCUGGCCUCGUGUGUCCGGCUGCUCAAACCAGAACACCUCAACACCGGACUGGAACUCAUCCGACGCAUCCAGGAGCGCCUGCUGGCCAUCCUGCAGCACUCCACCCAGGACUUCAGGGUCGGUUAUCAGUCCAAGAGCAGCCAGGAACCAGAAUCCGCUCAGGCCUCCAACCUGUCCAACAACACCGACGCCGCCAACAAAGUGUAAGUACACAACUACACAAACAACA